CUUAAAAGGGGCACGCCCCCAACAUAAACUCUUCCCUUUUGAGUUGUAGGCUAUCCUUUUUCUCUUUUAUUUUUUGUUUUUUUAACUUUCGCUUUUUGAUCUGUUUGCAAGUUCGUUGCGAACAGAAAGAGGAAUUAAUGGUAGAGUGAAUUAAGCACCCACGAACAGAAAGCAAAGAUUUGAGUCUUUUGGGGGAGAGAGAGAGAGAUAAAGUGUCUUAUCUUUCAUUUACUACAUGGUGAUGAUAUUGAUGGGUUUUCUUUUUCAUGGGGAGUGGUGAAACAAUUUAUACCAUUUCUUUCAGAAGCGCGCACUAGAGUAUAAAAAUACAGUUCCUUUGUUGUUAUAAAUGGCAGGCCUCUUGUCCAUGUCUGGUCUUGAUCACAUGGCUUGCAUGCGAGUUGUUACGAUGGUAAUUGGUCUUUGUUCUUCCUGGGGGAACACGGCCAAAUAAGGGCACCCUGCUUUUAUUUACUGGUCAUGUUCCAUUAGUGCCAAGAUCGAAUUAAUGGAUCAGGCAUUUUCACAGUGUAAACUGUAAAGUACUGGGUUUGUUUCUUUUAUUAAUUUCUGGGUUUUAUUGACGGAGCAAAGGGCAAUCGAGUAGUGUUUUUCAAGGAAGAAAGAGUGCGUUUUUCUUCUACCUUCAAAGCUCCAAGGUUUGGCCCCAGACUUUCAGCUGUAGCAACUGAUCAUGGCUGUCACUGGGCUAUAUUUACCCUAAUAAUAGCAUGUGAGCUCUCAAUUACACUGCAAAUUAAAACUAUUUUACUGCGCCGAGGACUAUCCGAGAAGAGGGAGUUAUGCUGAGAAAUAGAUCCAGAGCAGUGACCAGCAAGCAAUCAUUAAUGGCUGAUCACAGCUCUCAACAAUCUCCCACCCAAAAACGUACCAGGCCAAUCCCAUCUUUCUUUGGCUCUCCAAGAUUCAGAGCUUUCACAGCAAAGGGUCUCUCUGAGAGUGAAGCAGUGAUGAGUCCAACCUCAAUUCUCGACACCACACCAGUCUCAUGUUCUUGUGUAAACGCCUUCUCAUACGACAGAAGCCAACCAAAAUCCGGAAAAAAUUUCUCAGAAAACAAACACUCAUGGGAUAAAAUGGACUCAAAAGGCAUUGCACUUGCUCUUUUAGAUACUUUCAAUGAUGGAAGUAAUGAAGAUUCUUCUAAACCCAGCAAUGGAAAGGUUCUCUUUGGUAAAAAGCUUAGAGUUCAAAUUCCUCCCAUGAUACUCACUACACUUUCUCCAAAUGAGUCUCCAAUAUCUCCGGGUGAUUUUGGAAUCAAGACCCGGAAUUUGCAAUUAUCAGAAUUUGCUUCUCCACGAGUUGUCAAGGCUAGUCUCUCUGUGAGUGAGAUGGAGCUGUCUGAGGAAUAUACAUGCGUGAUAUCUCACGGGCCUAUUCCAAGAACCACUCGUAUAUUUGAUAACUGCAUUGUGGAGACGUAUUGUUCUUUGCCGGGUGAGCAUAAGUCUUCCUCGGAGAACUUCCUCAGCUUCUGCUACACUUGCAAGAAGAAUCUUGAACAGACUAAAGACAUUUACAUUUACAGGGGUGAGAAAGCCUUUUGCAGUCAUGAUUGCCGUUACCAAGAAAUGCUGCUAGACGGAGUGAAUAAUUCAGAAUUUGAGGAUGGCCAUAAAGAAUUUUCUUGAUCAACAGCUCUCAAAAAGCCUGUGUUAUCAGAAAAAUAUCGUCACUUUUUUUUUUUUUUUUUUUCCCAUUCUUGACUACGAAUUGAUCACUUGGGGAUGAUUUAUUUAGGGACAAAAACUGUUAGGUCAGAGUGGGUUUUCCUUUUAACUUUUCUUUUAUAGUGUUUCUAAAAUUUGUAUAAUUUUUUUCUGGGCUUUUAGUUUCUGGACUUGUAUUUGCUUUUUACCCUCUCCCGAGCAGAUAGAGAUAAGAGAGGAGUGUGGGACAUUGUUGUAGAGUUGUUUUUGCUCGAAGUGACGACUAAUUUGAGUGCUUCUAGCAUUAUUCCCAAGGA